AUGGACCCAGCUGCCAGCUCCGAGAAGCAGCUGGACCACGAGGAUGGUCCAUACAUCUUGCGGCCGCUGUUGGAAGCUGUUCCCUUGUGCACAGACGGAUCAGCCGAGGAUGUCAAAAUAAACUGCGUCGAGUAUUAUGAUGGUAAUCUAUACAUCGGAACAUCAGCUUCCGAAGUCCUGCAUUUUGUGCAGAUGCCUCCUGAUCCAGGCGAGCCAUCCGGCAGCCCCGUUUACAUUCCAGCUUCGCGACUCAGUCCCGUUUCCCUGGAUUCCUUCUCCCGUCCGUCCGCUGCAGGCCCUGGUGUCCAAGAGAUAGUCUUGCUGCCGCAGAUAAGCAAGGCUUGUGUCUUGUGCAAUUCAACAGCGGCUUUUUAUUCUCUACCAGAAUUGAGCCCCGUUUCCGGAAUCAGCGUUGUGAAGAACUGCAGCUGGAUUGGUGGCCUUGACUUAAAUAUUCGUCCUUCGAGUGCGACGCCAAAGGAUGCCACGAUCCUGUUGUCUCUGAAAUCCAAAAUCCAGAUUGUCCGACUCGCUGACAAAGUCCUAGAAGCUCCUAAAGUGACUUUUGCCGGGAGUGUCUUGGCUGUUCGCCGGGACUCUAUCGCUUGUGUUGCUAACUCCAGGUCGUAUGCCCUUUUGGAUAUAUAUAGGCAGCUUACUAUUCCGCUGAUGAACAUUUCUACCUUGGAAACGGCCUCCUCUGAGGAAGGUGGGGGAGAAGCUCAAUUCGGGAUUGAUCCAUCGAAAGAAACAACCCGCUUAAAAGGACAUGCUACCGACACCACAACAUCGAGUCACAGUCGAAGUCAAAGUAAAAAUGACGGCAUGUCGACUGCGUUGCCGUCCACGGCAAGGGCAUCGACGAGCCCUCCGCAAGCUAUUCAUGAGCCAGUGGCUGUUGUCACAGACAAGCCUUUACCAGCAGCGCCAGGGGAUGAAGACACCUUCGCCGCAAACGAAACAGGACACGGAAAGCCACUAGCUUACACGACCUUGAAUCCACACAUCGUUUCGCCUAAUGCUGAAGAAUUCCUUCUUGUGAUAGGAACACGAAAGGCAGAUCCUGGCGUCGGAAUGUUUGUUAGCCUAGACGGUGAACCCACGAGAGCUACCAUUCAAUUUGACAAGUACCCCGAGUAUGUCGCCAUUGAUGGAAUCAAUUCUGGCUUGAAUGCGCCGCAAAUGCGCCCUGAUGAGCAGGAUGAUGGUCAUGUAAUUGCGACUUUUUGCAAAGACUUUGGUUCAGGACCUCGGUACGGCAUGGAAAUUCAGCAUCUGAAUGCCGGAAAUGAGGUUAAUCCCGAGAAAUACUGGCUGGAGGCGAAGCCUGCUUACCAAGAGAGACCUUAUGGUUUGAAGACCCUCCUGGGCGGAGGACAUGUUCGCCUAGAUGAGAUUGUUUCCAAGCUGAGCCAAAAGAAAUUCUACCCCUUUCCUGGUUACCGAGAUCCUGGUCACCUAGAGACUCCUACGUCUCCCCCGAAGAAGUCUGAGUCCAGGACAGCAACCUCCACGGAGCGUUUACCAAGGAAGAAGGAAUCGUCUGAUGGCGAAGAUUUCCAGGAUGACGAAUCACAACCGCAAGGUUGGGAAGCAGCAAGGAAUCGCGAAGGCGAAGAGUUUGCAGGACGUCUGGCCAAUUUCAACGCCAGGCUGGCAGUAUGGAACGGAAACCGCAUAUGGUGGGCGCUACCGAAUCCGUUAAUCAUUCAGCUAGACACUCGUCUCGAUAUGGCGUGCUCUUUUGGCGAUGAGAUGCACAUAGAUAGGCUACGCGUCAUAUCGGUCCUGAAGCUCAUACGCGGUCGAGACGCAAGGACAGAAUUGGACCACAUGACACUUGACUAUCUGAAGCAGAAGGCUGGGCUGCUUCUCCUGGUUGAUUCCUUGUCAUCUACACGGACGAACCAGUCUACUAGGGACUCUGAGCUGAAGGAGCUUGAGCAAGUCUUAUCGGAUAGCAAACUAGACCCCCGCGUCGCCCUUUUUCUAUUCCAAGGAAUGCGAGACGACGUAAUCGAAGGCAGCUGUGGUAUAUGGGUGUAUAGUGGGAUCAAAAAGGUCGCCGAGACAAUUGUUUGCCGCAUCGACUCGGAGCAGUCAACGACGUUCGGGGAUAUUGAUCUUUGCGUCAUGCACUUUUUGCGGCGGUUUCUUUUGGGGUGGAGGAAGAUGAAGGGUUUCGGAAGCGUGCCGGAUGAGAAGGAAGUAUUCAGAACCAUCGAUGCCUGCUUGUUGAUAGUGUUGCUCGAGCUGGAGCAGCGUUCGUCGAAAGAAUCGGCAGACGGCGACAUGGUCAGGUCGGAGCUCAACGACCUUGUCGAUGGAGGCGUGGAUUGUUUUGACCGAGCUGUCGACAUUCUCGUAUCGUACCGUCGCCUUUUCGUUCUCAGCCGAUUGUACCAGAGCCGAAAGAUGUCUAGCGAUGUGCUGCUGACAUGGAAACGCAUGCUUGAGGGAGAAGAAGACAGCAUGCACGAGUUUCGCGAUGGCGAGCAGCGCAUGAGGGAGUAUCUGAAAAAGAUAGGCAGCCGAGCCCUUGUGGAGGAGUACGGAGUUUGGCUCGCCAACAGGAAUCCUCGCUUGGGCGUGCAGGUCUUUGCGGAAGACGAGGGCAAGGUGCCACCGUUUGAGCCUGCCAAAGCGGUGGCGACUCUACGAAGCGAGGCCCCUAGCGCAGUCAAGUACUAUCUGGAGCACCUGGUCUUUGACAAGGGCCUCACGUCGUACGUACACGAGCUUCUCGAGUACUAUCUCGACCUGGUGCUGGGAGACCUCGAGUCCUCGGCAGCUCACCGCGAGGCGGUCAUGGCUGGCUAUGAGGCGUAUCGCGCGCUGCAAACUCCCAAGCCCACCUAUCCCCAUUUUUUGACGGAGAACGCGCCGCGAGAAUGCGACGACGACGACGACGUCUGGAACAGCCGCCUCCGACUGCUCCAACUCCUGGGCGGCGCGCAUGUUUACGACACCACCGUCAUCGCGGAACGCGUCAGGAGCCUGCCUGGCGAGCUGCUGGUGCCAGAGACGGUCAUACUGGCCGGACUUCAGCAUCGACACGACGAGGCACUCCAUCUCCUGGUGCACAGGCUGGGCGACUACGACACGGCUGUCUCCUACUGCCUUUGCGGAGGCGCAGGCAUAUACGCGCCUCACGGGGCCUCGCGCCGGCGGGACGCCGCCCCAGAGCCCGAGCAGCAGCGCCGGCUCUUCCAGCAGGUUCUGCAGGAGUUCCUGCGAAUCGCCGAUGCCAGCGACCGGGUGGAGCAGACGUGCGCCCUUCUCGAGCGGUUUGGUGAAUGGUUCAGGGCGGAGGACGUCCUGCGCCUGGUCCCGGACACGUGGUCGGUGGAUGUGCUGGCCGGGUUCCUCCUGGGAGCCCUGAGGAGGCUGGUGCGCGAGAGAAACGAGAGCGCGGUGAGGAAGGCAUUGAACGGGGCGGAGAACCUGAGAGUGAGCUAUGACUUGGUCGUGGGCACCGAGCAGCAGCGAGGACCAAGGAAGCAUUGA